UCCGGCAUCUUAACCAUCUCUUCAAUCAACCCCCAGAUCUGAGUCUUAGCUCCGUCCAAGUACCAGAGUUCCGGGCAUGGCGCAGGAGGAGGUAGAAGUCGCCCCGGCGGUCGGUGAAACCUUGGUCGAUCCUUCCAGUGCUGAAGCCCCGGCGGAAGGCGGCGCGGAGGCUGUGGACGCGCAUCCGGCCGCCGAUGUCAAUCCUCCCAAGGAAAAGGAGCCCAAGCCUAGGAAGAAGCCGUCAGGCCCCCGAAAGCUCUCCUCACACCCGCCCUACGCUGAGAUGAUUACCGAGGCGAUCGUGACGUUGAAGGAGCGUGCUGGAUCGAGCCAGUACGCGAUCGGCAAGUACAUCGAGGACAAGCAGAAGGAUCACCUUCCUGGGAACUUUCGGAAGAUCCUCCUCAGCCAGCUGAGGAGGCUCGUAGCUGCUGAAAAGUUGAAGAAGGUAAAGAAUUCGUACAAGCUCUCCGGUGCUCCGGCCGCAUCUUCCUCUGCUGCCCCGGCCAAGCCAAAGGCAAAGCCAAAGUCCAAGUCGAAGCCGAAGCCGAAGCCUAAGCCUAAAACCGUCACGAAGAAACCCAAAGCGAAGCCUGCUACAGCCAAACCCAAGGCUAGCCCGGCAGCGGCCAAGUCCAAGUCGAAUCCUGCGACGGCCGCCAAUCCCAAAGCCAAGUCGGCGCCUGCUGCUAAAACAAAAUCUAAUUCGCAACCAAAGGCGAAGGCUAAGCCAGCAAAGGCUGGUAAGUCCAAGGUGCAGUCUGCUCCGCCAGCGGCGAACACGAAGGUUAAGCCUAAAGCACCAGCCGCGGCCAAACCUAAGCCGAAGCCUAAGCCAAAGUCUACGGCCGCAAAGUCCAAGCCAGCCGUGACACGAUCGAAAGCCAAGUCCCCUGCACCGCCUUCUAGGGCGCCAAAGACGACGAAGGGCACACCUUCGAAGAAGCCAGCGCCGCCGAAGAAGGCUCCGGCCGCAUCCAAGAGGAAGGCGGCUGCGCCACCGGCGAAGAAAGCUCCGGCGAAGAAGGCGAGGAAGUAGUCCGAUGAUUUUAGUUGUUUUAUUUUUCUUUUGUUAUGUCUUUGUCGAAGUGGCAGUUUAUGUAUAUCUGGCCAAGUGUUAAGGGUACGAUAAUGAUGUCGAAGGUUCGUUGUAUCGUAUUAGUUAGAAGAAAGAGAGUUUAGCCCUCCGCUUACUGUAGGAGGGGAUGUGUUA